UAAAGCACCAAGAAGCCUGUGGGUCACGUGGUCACGACUCGCUCUUCCUGCGCUGCGCAUGUGCGUUUCCUAAAUCGUCCGCUGUUCUGGUUCAGAAGGCCAAAUAGCGACAACUCGCGCACAGGUUCAGGCGGGAUGUCUGCGGCGCUACGUGUCCUGUACUCAGUGUCCCGGCCAGGCUCUUUCAUAGCUGGCCACAACCUUGUGCGUCCUCUCAGUUUGUCUGCUCACAGGGAGGGCUUCAAAUAUGUGAAUGCUCAGGAACUUCCCACAGAUAUGAAGUCCAUCACAGACCGAGCCGCUCAGACUCUGCUGUGGACGGAGUUGUUUCGAGGUUUGGGAAUGACCAUGAGUUAUUUAUUCCGUGAGCCGGCCACGAUUAACUACCCGUUUGAGAAGGGCCCGUUGUCCCCACGUUUUCGUGGAGAGCACGCCCUGCGUAGAUACCCCUCUGGAGAGGAGCGCUGCAUCGCCUGCAAGCUGUGUGAGGCGAUCUGCCCGGCUCAGGCCAUCACAAUUGAGGCAGAGCCUCGUGCUGACGGCAGCAGGCGGACAACGCGUUAUGACAUUGAUAUGACAAAAUGUAUCUACUGUGGGUUCUGUCAGGAGGCCUGCCCUGUGGACGCCAUUGUAGAGGGGCCUAAUUUUGAGUUCUCCACAGAGACCCAUGAGGAGCUGCUCUAUAACAAGGAGAAGCUGCUCAAUAAUGGAGACAAAUGGGAGGCUGAGAUCGCUGCCAAUAUUCAGGCUGACUACCUCUAUAGAUAGACAGACAGACUGUCUGUUUUGUAUACACAUUGACUGACUGAACCUGGACUGACUUUCCUUCAGCUUUAGAAUUGACUGAAUCAGUGUUGGGUGGCCCAAAGUAUUGUAACACAUAUUCCAUUGUGAUGCGAUUUAUCGUUUUAAAUACUCUAGUAGUUUAAGACUUAAUGCUGCGGUACUUUUAGGACACUCCACCUUCAAAGUACUACAUGUCUCAUCAUACAUGUCUCAAUUCUGUUGUGAAAUCUGAUAAAACCGUGGCACUUGUGUACUGCACAUCAAUACAAAACCAAGACACACUGACUGACUGACUGACUGACUCACACACACCCUCACCCUUACUGUCCAGAUGUGCUCACUGACCACACAGACACGUGGCAUACACACUCGGCCAUGAGCUCGUCUCGGGGUGAGACGUCAGAUGAGAUGUUUAUUAGAGGCUGAAAUUUUACUCCAGCGAGUCGGCGUGUUUUAAAGGAACGGUUUGACCGCGCAUGCUUAACAGGGCUAAUGGGGAGUGGAAUCUGGAAGAUGCCAUUUACAUCAUUUUCUUUCAUUCUCUAUUAGAAACAUGGCCAAACUGCUCCUUUAAUACAAAAACGCACAUUAAGUACAAAGGCAGGUAGUUACAGUUAGGUAGGUACAAAAAUGGGUGAGGCACCACUGCCUGGUCAAAAAGUGAGCUUUUCAUUUCAAUACAACCAGAACUUCCUGCCAUCUCUGUCCCUUUGUUUUCUCCCCCUUCAGUCUGUCCAUCUGGAGGAUAAAAUCAAUGCAAGAUGUGUUGCAGUAUGAAACCAUUCAAGCCCUGACUUCAGUUGCUCAUUAUACCAUAUACAAAGACUGGUUUGUGUGUCCUUGAGAACUGUAUAAAUGCUUGUGGACCCUAAAUAAUGAAUAAAUUAAUGCUCUGUCCAAGCGUUGCUUUAUA